AUGGUCGCCGCCGCGGCCAUCGUCGCGGUGAGCACGCCGAAAGCCGACGCUUUGAGCAGAGGCUACCAGCCCAUCUCCGCGGCGCUCGGCGGCGCCUACUUCGUGUGCUGGAGCGUCAGCUUCUGGCCGCAAGUGCUCGAAAACCGGCGCCGCCGCACGACCGUCGGCCUGUCGCCGGACUUCGCCGCGCUGAACCUGCUCGGCUUCCUCUGCUACACGACCUACACCUUGCUCUUUUUCACGAACCGCGACAUCCGGUCCCAGUACGAGCGGCGGCACGACGGCGCGGCGCCGCAGACGCGGCUCAGCGACGCGCUGUUUUCGGUGCACGCGCUCGCGCUCUGCGGCGUCACGCUCGCGCAGGUCGCCUACUACGACGGCUUCGCGGCCCAGCCCCUGAGCCGGCCGGGGCUCGCCGCGAUUUUGGCGCUCUCGCUCGCCGUCGCGUGCUACGGCGCCGCGGCGGUCGCGCGGCGCGACCCGGGCCUCGACUUCGUCUAUUUCCUGUCUUACGUGAAGAUGGCCAUCACGUUCCUCAAAUACCUGCCGCAGCUCGUGUCGAACUUCCGACGCCAGUCGACGGUGGGCUGGUCCAUCCACAACAUCCUGCUCGACUUCGCCGGCGGCCUGCUCUCGACGCUGCAGCUCGUCCUCGACUGCGCGGACACGCGCGACUGGUCGGGCAUCGUCGGCGACGUCGCCAAGUUCGCGCUCGGCUCCAUCUCCAUCGUCUUCGACCUGCUCUUCAUGGUCCAGCACUACGUCCUCUACCCGCCGAAGCGCGCGGGCACCGCGCACGCGCCGCUGCUCGGGGUGCAGUAA